AUGGAUCAUGGCAACACUCUCAAUUCAAUCCCAAAUCAACGAAAACGAAACAUCUGCCUAGUUGGCAGUGGUGGUGUUGGCACAAUUGCAAGUCUCGUGCUUGAGAAAUCCGGACGCGCAGAGGUUACUUCUGUGCUGCGGAGUAAGUUUGCGGUGAUUAAGGAAAGAGGCUGGGAUAUUGAGUCUGUUGAUCAUGGGUGGUUAAGGGGUUGGAGGCCCACAAGAGUCGUUUCGAGCAUUGUUGAUGCCGUCGUGCCCAAUGAACCAUUUGACUUCAUCGUCAUCACUACAAAGCAGCUCCCGGAAGCUUACUCCGUCGCCGAGCUAGUCAAGCCUGCUGUUUCCCCAGGACACACCUCUAUCGUGCUCAUUCAGAAUGGCCUUGAUAUCGAGGUUCCAAUAAUUGCAGCCUUUCCAAACAACACUGUCAUAUCCGGCAUCAGCAUGAUUGGCUCACGGGUAAAUGGUGAAAAUUGCAUCAUUCAUGACGGACCAGACGAGCUGGUAAUUGGAACACACUUUCAUGAUGGAAUGGACAGAGCUUUGCAGCACCAGAAAACGUGCGAGUUUGUGGAUUUAUAUGCAGCUGGUACUGUGGGACCAGGAACAAUAAGUGGCAAAUGUACAUUCACGGAGGAUAUGCUAGUUGCACGUUGGCAGAAGCUACUGUGGAACAGUACUUUUAACACACUCUGCACACUUCUGAAGAUGGAUGUUGGAGAACUGCAGUCCUCAGGUGGGAGGGAGACCCUGUUGAUACCUGCCAUGUGGGAGGUCUACGCAAUUGCUAAAGCUGUGGGACAUGCUCCUGCCAAGGAGAUGAUACAUCAUUAUGCCUAUCGGUCAUCCAAUGACUGCCGAUACCGGCCGAGUAUGCUCCUAGAUUUGGAGAACAAUAGGCCUAUGGAGCUUGAAGUUUUGUUGGGUACUCCAUUGAGAAAGGCAAAGGAGAAUUCUGUUUCGACACCGAUAUUGAGCACGGUAUAUGAACUCUUGAAGGCAGAAAAGUGGAGAAUAGAUCAUGAAAAGGCGGCAAAUAUCCUUGAUACUCAAAAUUUCUCGUGA